AUGGCGGACGAGGAAUUCGAUGGAGAGGACGGAGGAGGAGAUUAUGACGAUAUUGUUGAAGAAGACAAUAACAUAGAAGAAGUUGAGGAACAAGAGGAAGACGGUUAUAAUGUUCAGUGUUUAGCUCCGGGGCAAGCCGGCGGUGGAGUAGAGAAAUCUAAACGGAUCACGACUAGAUAUAUGACAAAAUAUGAAAGGGCAAGAGUAUUAGGGACGAGAGCUCUGCAAAUAGCGAUGUGCGCUCCCGUCAUGGUGGAACUUGAAGGUGAAACGGAUCCCUUACAAAUUGCAAUGAAAGAAUUAAAGCAGAGAAAGAUUCCCAUAAUCAUACGAAGAUACCUCCCCGACCACUCUUAUGAAGAUUGGAGUAUAGAUGAACUUAUUAUAAUAGAUCAUUAG